UUAAACUCCAGAACGUGCGAAACAAACGGCUCUUCUUCAAUAUUUUAUCUAAUCUCGGCAGUCGCAGGGACUGGGGAGGGGGUAUUGCUUGUUAUCUAAAAGCCACUUAAGUGAGCUAAAAUGUGAUGUCAUGUUCUCUAAAUACACGGAGGUAUUUGUGCUCAGUCUGCCGAGACGCGGCCGUGACUGCGCGCUGUGAUAAACCUAAUUACGGCCUUUUUAACGAUAACAAAAACCCGCUGGAAACUGGCAGGAGAUGAAAACCUGCAGCCUCAUCCGCGCAGUUUUGCUUGGCUAAAGCGUUCUGUAACAUUAUGCCGGGAUAAACCGGAGUGAUUCAUCGCUGGAAAGACACUCCCAGCCGGAGCAGGGAGUUGGAACUCGCUCGCCGGUGACCCUCGGGAAGAGCAGCAUCAGCCCCGCCGAGCGGGAAAAGCUGCUGGGAAUAAGCGCAGGAGAGUGCUCCAUGAGCCGGCCCCGGGAGGGAGCCGAGCCCAGCCUGCAGCCCCGGCUCCCGCAUCCCUGGGUCCCUCAUCCCCGAAUCCCGCAUUCCUGGCUCCCGGGGUCCCCCGGCCGCCGAGGGCGCGAUGGAAAUUCCCUGAACGACCGGCUGGAAAAUACGUGCUGCAAAGGGGAGGUGUUUCGGCCGCCGCAUGAGCACGUCCUCGCCGGGCCAUGGCCCCGCCGCCCGCGCCGGCCUGGCUGCUGCUGCUCGGCCUGCUCAGCGCCCACGGCCGCGACUUCACCCGCAAGGACAUCGUCUACCUCCACCCCUCCACCACGCCGUAUCCUCGGGGAUUUAAGUGUUUCACCUGCGAAAGGGCCGCGGAUAAUUACGAGUGCAACCGCUGGGCUCCGGACGUCUACUGUCCUAGAGGUACAAGGUACUGCUUUAGCCAACAUAUGAUGAAAGUCACUGGGGAGAGUGUGUCUGUCACCAAACGCUGUGUGCCACUGGAGGACUGUCUGUCCACAGGAUGCACGUAUAUAAAGCAUGAAGAGUACAAGGUGUGCACGUCCUGCUGCGAAGGCAGCAUCUGCAACCUGCCCCUGCCCAAGAACUCCACAGACGCCGUGUUCACCACCCUGUCCCCCCUCAACAAGGCCCAGAGACUGUCCCCUCCUGUCCUGCUGACCACAGUGUGCCUCUGGCUGGGGCUGCUGGCCCAGCACUGGGUGACAAUGGCACAGCUCUGGGUGACAAUGCCACACGUGGCCCGGCCGGGCAGCUGAGCCGGGCGGGAACAUCUCAGGGACAUCCAACCUCUCCCUGCAGAGCUGGAGCUUUGGAGUUGGCUCUGAAAGGCUGGUUUUCCUCCUGGUUUCUUGGUCAUCAUGAACUCCCACGCCUGGGAUCGGGAUGGGCUCAAAACCUCCACAUUCCUACUGUUUUUUUGAAGAAACUCAUGGAAAAUAUUCCCAGAAUCCAAUGUGCUCUUCACAGCAUCACUUAGGUUGAGAAAGACCUCUAAGACACCGAGUCCAGCCUAACAUUUGUUGCUGUCUGUCUUAUCUCUGUGAAGAAAUGUUCUUUCCAAGUACCACACCCCUGCUCACGUCAUCACUUACUCACUGGACACGGACCUUUGUCACCUCCCCGCGCACUAAUUCCGGUGUCUCCUUAACCUGCUUGAGAACCCACAGUAAAUAACCCCCAGUCAGUGUCCCCACACCUCCUGAUCCUCUUGGAGAGGGCAGCAAGGAAGCAGCAACCUGGAAGGGAUGAGCUCAAGGGAGCAGCAGGAGCUUGGAGCAGCCGGUGCUGCCCAAAGGUGCUUCUCUCGAGGUGUCCAAUGGCACAAAGACCCCCCACGCAGAAAAUCCCUGGAGUUUAUAAACUGAACCAACAGAACUCUCAAAAUCCUUGUUCUGGUGUUUUUAGAGGUGUGUGAUCCCCAACCCUCAGGUGUGAGGAGGAUGGAGAGCUGGUGGGUCCCCACACUGAGGUGCUGGUGGUCACCAACCACCACCUCCACGGUGUUUUAGGACAACAUUUUCCUAUUUUGGCACCCAGCCCUAGAGUAUGAGAGAGAGAAAACCGAUCCUGAAUAGCUCUGUUAUUUUAUUUAAUGAAGUCUGGGCUACCCCAGCUGUGUUUUGGUGCCCUGUGUUGCUUGUUUUGCUUGGAAAUCUCGGAUGCAAUAUUUAUUUUUCUACGUUGAGUAAGGUCUGAAGUGUUUGAAAGAUUCUUAAUGCUGAUACUGCCAGGAAAAAAAAUGGGUGUUUUGCAAGUCAGUGAGCCUGUAAUAUAUAAAUUAUCAGAAAUAUAUAUAUAUAAAGAAUUAACUUUGUUUGCAAAGUCAGUAAUAAAAGCAGGGUGUCAUGGACUUGCUUAAAGUUAAACCAAACUGUUUUAUAAUUAAUUUUUUUACACCAUUACAGUCAUAAAUUGUCCUUUUAUGAGCUAAUCUUUUGCUGCUCAAGGCUCCAAGGUAACUUGAGCUCAAGUUCCAGUAUGUUUUUGCCCUGAAGUGCUUUUUUGGGGGGAGUUACAGUGAAAUGCAGAUGAAGGAAGGCAAAGUUGGAAUCCAAAGGGAUCCUGGAGAGUUCCAAAAAGUAGAAUCCAUGCGUGGGAUACCCUGAAAAAUGAGGAAUCUGAAGAUCUGGGCACGCAAAGGGUUGUCCUGGGUUUUGUGGCCUUGGGACUUGUGCUCCUGGGAGGUUUCUUGGAAGCAGAGGAGGAGGAUCAGGAGCAGCACUUGCUCCCCACUGACCUUCAGGUGAUUUCUCUGGGGAAGGAAAGGCUGGAAACCUCAGUGUGUUGUUAUUAAAAAAUGUAUAUAUAUAUAUAUAAAAAAUAUAUACACCACUGGAAAUUUUACCUUCCAACACUGUUUAUUUUCAAUUUUUUUAUAUAAAACCAUUUUUUGGGGGGGGCUGGUUGACCUCACACACAGCCAGAGAUUUUGGUGUCCUUUCAGUCCUUCUGUGACUUGCUCACAGAUCUCCAAUAUUAAGAGGGUUGUUGCAAUCUGUUGUUCUAUGCAAGUUUAACCUGUCUCUGGAGAUUCCC